UUUAAACAAAAAAACAAAUAUGUUGAAUAAAGAAGUUAAAAAGCAACUCAGUCUCAUGGGCAAGUGCAAAUAAAGAAAACCACAACCACAACCAACCAAAACCAAUCAGAGUGGUGUUCCUUGUGGGCCCUUUCUGAAGAUUGGUAGAAACUGCACUUUUUUUUAAAUCUGUUUUCAUGCUUGUCCAAAAUCUUUAAAGGGAAGAAAAAAAAAAACAGCACUAUAUAAAAGAAGCUCCUUUGAGAUUUCUAAAAUUCAUACCAAAACCUUCUAGGUAAGGGAACUUACCAGAUUUGGUAUCUGAUCUUCAGUGAUGGACCCAGAAGCAACCUCGGUUUAUUUGGAUUAUUACUAUGCUACCAGUCCAAACUCUGAUGGCAAGGAGACCCACUCCCACAUUCCUUACACAUCUGUCUUCCUUCCCAUCUUUUACACAGCUGUGUUCCUGACUGGAGUGUUGGGGAACCUCAUCCUGAUUGGUACAUUGUAUUUCAAACGUGGCAGCCGACGAUUAAUUGACAUCUUUAUCAUCAACCUGGGUGUCUCUGACUUCAUUUUCCUUGUCACAUUGCCUCUCUGGGUGGAUAAGGAAGCAUCUCUAGGACUGUGGAGGACAGGCUCCUUCCUGUGCAAAGGCAGCUCCUACAUGAUCUCAGUCAACAUGCACUGCAGUGUCUUCUUGCUCACUUGUAUGAGUGUUGACCGGUACCUGGCCAUCAUGUGUCCAGCCAUAUCCAGGAAAUUCAGAAGAAGAGACUGUGCAUAUGGAGUCUGUACCUGUGUCUGGCUUGUCUCCUGCCUUCUGGGGUUACCGACUGUUUUGUCCAGGGAGCUCACAUUGAUUGAUGGUAAGCCAUACUGUGCUGAGAAGAGGGCUACUUCAGCAAAAUUGACAUGGGCCCUGGUAGCCUUGAUAUUCACUUUUUUUGUCCCCUUGCUGAGCAUUGUGAGCUGCUACUGUUGCAUCACAAGAAAGCUGUGUGUCCAUUACCAGCAAUCAGGAAAGCAUAACAAAAAGCUGAGAAAAUCCAUAAAGAUCAUCUUUAUUGUGGUGACAGCCUUUGUCUUCUCCUGGCUACCCUUUAAUACUUUCAAGCUCCUGGCCAUUAUUUCUGGAUUGCAGCCAAAACUCCAUUUUUCUUCAGCUCUUCUCCAGCGGGGCAUGGAGGUGAGUGGGCCGUUGGCGUUUGCCAACAGUUGUGUCAACCCUGUCAUUUACUACGUGUUUGACAGCUACAUCCGCAGGGCUGUUGUUCGCUGCCUGUGCCCUUGCCUGAAGAACUAUGACUUUGGGAGCAGUACUGAGACAUCAGAUAGUCACCUCACUAAGGCUCUUUCCAACUUAAUUCACACAGAGGAUUUUGUUAGAAGGAGGAAGAGGUCUGUGUCACUCUAAAAUGAGUUGUGACAUUUCAAGACUUGUUGGUGCUCGUCAGGAAUAAUUUUUAUCAGCAACCAAGAAGAAAAAGCAUUAAAGAUAAGAUUCAUAUUGUUUGAUUAAAUCCAAGGAAGAUUUCAUUUUUAGAAUGAACACCAAAAUACAUUGUGAAUAUAAUAAGCCACAUACUGUAUUUUCAGCUGAGUGACCUUAUUUGAACCUUGCAAUCAAGUCAACAAGACAAUUCUCAUCUGUCCUUUGAACUCUUAGAUAAAGGCUCCUGCUUGGACCA